AUAAAGAAAAAGAAAUGAAGAUGGUUAAAGUGAACCAUCACACCUAAUUGCCAGUUAAGGAAGGAAUAUCUACAAUAGAAAUUUGUUGUAAAUGUCAAUUAGUACUUAAUAUAUUACUAUAAUUGUUAAUUGCCACAACUGUAAAUGUCAAUUAGUAAUUCUAAAUCAUGGAAGGCGAAAAAGCAAAAAGCAAAAUCUAAGUCGAUUUUGCCAUAGAAUUUGGGAAAUAGCAUUGGAAACUACGGAACACACUUGUUUUUGUCUGAUCAUUUUUUUAUCACUAAUUAAUAAUCAAUUAGCAUUUGAUGAUCUAUUAUUACAAAGUUUAUAAUAUCAUUAAUUUAGUGCUAAUGAAAAUCAUCCUGUGUGUUUUCUUGAAAAAAGUUUCGGACUUGCUGUGAAACAAAAAAGAAGGGAACCCAAGAUCAAAUAAGACAAGUAUAUGGAACUUGGGUGGCUUUUGUGAAAGUCUUUGCAGAGAAGAUUUCUUGAUUUGGCCUAAGCAUCAUUGAAGAUUGAUUGAUUAUUGCUUUGUGGAAGAGGUGUUUCUUAUCUGUGUAAAUUAGUUUGAAGAGAUGUCUGCAGCUCAAGAUCAGCUGGAGAUCAAGUUUAGGUUAACCGAUGGCUCAGAUAUUGGCCCGAGAAACUUCCCUGUAGCCACGAGUAUCGCUACAUUGAAGGAGAAUAUCAUAGCAGAAUGGCCUAGAGAGAAAGAAGACGGGCCGCAUACAGUAAAAGACAUCAAGUUGAUCAGUGCAGGGAGGGUACUGGAGAACAGCAGAAGUGUGGGCGAAUGCAGGAGCCCGUUGUAUGAUAUCCCAGGAGGCGUCACCACCAUGCACGUUGUCGUUCAACCACACGUUCUAUCUCGUCAAGAUUCUCUCUCAUGCUUGCAGAAACGAAACCACAAACUGACACGAAGCAGAGCAAAUGCGCGUGUGUGAUAUUAUGAUGUGCAGAUUGAUAGGCUCUUAGAUCCAUCUACUUGAGUUAGAGAUUGUUGGAGACGAUGAUGAAUGUUUCUUUUGCUUUUUUUAAAAUUUCCUUGUGAUUUAUUGGAAUCUUGGUUUAGUUUA